AUGUCGCUGCUGCCUCCCGAAGUCCACUCCGCCCUCUCUCAGCUGCUGAGCGGACUGAGCACUGCAGAUAACACAAUCCGGUCUCAGGCUGAGGAGCAGCUGAAUAAUGACUGGAUCCAAAACCGUCCCGAUGUCCUGUUAAUGGGCCUCGCGGAGCAGCUUGAGGGCGCAGAAAGUACUAUGACACGUUCGUUUGCGGCUGUUUUAUUCCGAAGAAUCGCAACCAAAACACGAAAAGAUCCCGUGACGAACGAGGCCAAAGAGCUUUUCUCAACUCUCAACCACGAGCAGAAGUUGAUUAUCCGGCAGAAGCUGGUCGCUUGCCUCACCAAUGAGUCUGCGAAUGACGUUCGGAGGAAGAUUGGAGACGCGGUGGCUGAGAUUGCAAGACAAUACACCGACAACGGCGAUCAAUGGCCGGAACUACUAGGUAUCCUGUUCCAGGCUAGUCAAUCCCCUGAAGCAGGUCUACGGGAGACCGCGUUCCGCAUUUUCUCAACUACCCCUAGUAUUAUCGAGAAGCCUCAUGAAGAUGCUGUGUUGGGCGUUUUCGGUAAGAAGAUCAAAGACGAAGUUGUGUCGGUAUGUAUCCAGCUCCUUGUUGCAAGCACUGGUUUUGACGACAUAUAG